AUGGGCUGGAAGAAGGAGCCCAACAUCGCGGAGCUGACGCCCACGGCGGUCAUCGUCGCGCUCGAGCGCGACCUGCUGCUGUCGUCCCUGUCGAGGCCCGUGGGUUCCGUCCGAGGGAUCCCAUCCCCGGCGGCGGUGCCCGCCAAGGCCGGGCCGGACGCACGCGCCGCGGCGGAGGUCAUCGCGCUCAUCCGACGCGGCGCGUUCGUCGAGGCGCUGACGUGCGCAUCCGCGAAGAACGCCCUCAUCGUCCCCGCCGCGAUCGAGGGCCAGGCCGCGCCCUCCCCCGACGUCGACGGCGUGACCGCGCUCUACGCAUCCGUGGAGGCGGCGGUGGAGUCGGCGGGCGCCGCCGCCGCCGCGCGCGGCACCCUCGCGAAGGCUGGUCACGAGCUCUGCAUCCUCGCGCUCGGCGUCGCGGCGCUCAACGCGUUCAUCCAGGCCAACGUCACGGGUCCCGACUGCCGCGACGCGCCCCACUGCCCGCUCACCCCGUCCGCGCCCGCCGCCGAUCUCGCCGCGAGCGCCGACGCGUGGAACAAGUGGGCGACGCGGUCCUUGGCGCGCGACGGCGAGGACGUCGUCGGCAGGUGCUUCCUGCCGCAGUACCUGUACCUCGCGAAAGUCCUCCUCGCCGAUCGAUGCGCGCCGCGCGCCGAGGAGGCGUUCGGCGGCGCCGACGUCGACGUCGCGACUGCGACGCUCGCGGAGACCCGAGCGAGGGCGGCGAAGAUGCAGGCGAAGAUGGCGGCGAGGGCUACCCCGGGCCGCGUCGUGCUGUGGCCCGACGAGGACAUUCCCCCGCCGUCGCUGACGUGGUGGGCGUCCAGGACGCACAUCGCGCACCAGAGGCUGCUGUCCGGGCGGUCCCCCACGCUGAGGCGUUUGCUGUUGGGAUGCCACUCGCUCACGCUGGCGUGGUUCGCCCCUGGCAACGCCGCGCCGGGUUUUCCGACACCAGCCGCGAUCGUGCGAGCGGCGACGGCGAGGGAAAGCGACGGGUCACCCACGCCCGCCGCCGCCAACGCCGCCACCGCGGGGCUCGCGUCAUCCAUGUCGCUGCUGGAGACGGCGCUGAUGGAGCACGAGUACGGCCACGUGGACAGCGCGAGGGCUCUGCUUCGAGCGGCUGGCGAACCCAUCGGGGCGACGCACGAGGUGGUCGGCGAGAUGGGCUUCCGGACGAUUCACCAGACGGACGCCAAGGCGCAGAUGGUGCUCCGCGCGGAGUGUACAGGGUUGUGCGUGUUUAAGAGGCCGGGCGUGACGUCAGUGGACGAGGAGGCGGCGAGCGACGACGAGACGGAUGAAGCCGUCGCCGAGGAAGUCGCGACACAGCUGGCGAAGAAAGCCGAGGCGGAGGCUGAACGCGACGCGACCGGCCGCGUCGUCAACACCAAAUCCGCCGCGAUGAACCGCAUAGCCAUCGAGCUCGACGGGUUAUCCGCCGACGGCGCGCAGGUGCUCAUCGCGCCGAGGCUGGGGGUGACCCGCGCGGACAGGGACGAUGGGGAGAAGGCCGCGUACGGCGCGCCGAUGCCGGCGGCGCACCAGGCGCUGGUGCUGGCGACUGCGGUGACUGUUCGCAAGUCCAUGGCGGACGACGGCACGCGGUCGUGGUCCGUCGCGCCCUACCACGAGUGCGUGCAGACCCAGCGCAGGUCCCGGCCGGUGCUCAGGGCGGCGGCGGCGGUGCUUUCGGCGCGUCACGAGAGGGAACGAGCGCGGACUCGAGAAAGGGCGUUGCUCGUGAUGGAGGAUCUGGUCAAGUCGCUGGAGUCGCCGGCUCCGUCGGCGGCUGCGAGGAUUCGUUACGCGUACUCCACCUGGUUCCCCCCCGGCGCGAUGCUCCGCAAGGAGCUCGGCGAUCACCUCGUGUCGCUGGGCAUGGUGGGCGCGGCGCUGGAGCUCUUCGAGGAGAUUGAGCUGUGGGACUCGCUCAUCGUGUGCCUCACGCUGCUGGGGAAGAAGCAAGCCGCCGCGGAUACGAUCCGGAGACGUCUGGAAGUCGACCCGACCGACCCGAAGCUCUGGUGCGCCCUGGGCGACGCUCUGGACCUCGAGGAGCACUUCCUAAAGGCGCUCGAGGUGAGCGAGGGCAAGAACGCGCGCGCCAUGCGGUCGUUGGCCAGGCGAGCCGCGCUCCGCGAGGAUUGGAAAUCCGCGGCUGAGUACUGGUCUAAGGCGAUGAAGACCAACCCGCUCUUCCCCGACGGAUGGUUCAGCUGCGGCUACGCCCUGCUCAAGGCGGAUCGCGAGGAGGAAGCCCUCGGCGCCUUCGUCCGGUGCACGCAGGUGGAUCCGGAGAAUGGGCAGGCUUGGAACAACGUAGCCGCGUUGAACAUCCGGAGACAAAAGUUUGCCGCCGCGCACGUCGCGCUCCGAGAGGCGGUGAAGCAGGUGGCGACGUCGUGGCAGACGUGGGAGAACCUCGCGAUGGUGAGCGCCAAGAUUGGCAGGUUCCAGCAGAGCGCCCGGGCGCUCGUGAAGGUGAUGGACCUGACCGGCGGCGCCAAGCUUCACGUGGCGACGCUGUCCACGCUGGUGGAGCGGUGCAAGGAGGCGCGGUCCGGUAAGGAUCUGGAUUGGCUCCGGAAAGAGGCUGACGCCGAGGCGGCCGAGGCGAAGGACGAGCAGAAGAAGCUCGCGGUCCUCGGCGGCAUCGCGGACCUGGCGCUGAACGGCGACGACGACGACGACGACGACGACGACGUCGAGGUUUGGGAGGGCGUCGGCGGCGCGGCGGCGACGGGGGGCGGCGACGCCGGCGAUUUCGCCGACGAUUUCCUCGACGCCUUCGCGUCGGAUUCGGACGACGAAACGGCCAAAGAAACGGCCAAAGAGGCGCACGCCGCAGCGUCCGAGUCGGUCCAGGCGGAGGUGCUGAGCCGCGAGACGGUCCGUCUGGAGGCUGCCGUCGACGAGGUGCUUCGUCGCGCGCUCGGCGCUUCGAGCGGCGAACGGGCGGUGAAGGACACGGCUGAUCUGUGGUCGCUCUCGGCGGAUCUCAAGGAGGCGCGCGGGGAGUUUUUGGUGGCGAACGAGGCGAGGCUGAAGCGGGUGAGGGCGCUGGAGACGUCGGGGUGGCGCAAGGACGCGGCGGCGUUCGCGGAGUACGCGGCGGCGAGCCUGGACAUGUGCCGGGGAUGGGUGCGAGCGGCGGAGAGGGCUGCGGGCGGGACGGAGAUGGCUGACGCGAGGCGACAGCUGGCGCAGGCGAGGAUGCACAUGAACGGGGUGUGCAAGGCGAGCGCGGCGGGUAAGUUCGACGAGAGCAUGGGGGAGGUGCACGAGGAGCUGAUGGCGUGCAUGGAUGAGGUGACCAAGGCGGAGGAGGCCGCGGCGCGGUGA